UGGACUCCCGUCUUUUCCUGCUGGAGUUGUGGGUGCAUGGCGGCGGACACAAAGAGCUGAGAGCGACCUCGGACAGCCAGAGAGCAGCAGCAGAACGCCGGGAAGCCGGAGCCACCAGACGCUCCUCGUUUUCCAGGUUCUCCAGUCCGGGAUCGUUCCUGCGGGAAACUGUCGGGGAAAACUUUGGGAAAGUUUCGGGAGAGCUCCGACGGGAGUUUUGCGGCCGAUCGGGAGGACGGAGCGGGCGGGCAGGAUGCAGAACCUGAUCCGGGCUCUGGUGGCGUGCAGCUGGCUGGCCGCGGUGUGCGUCCGCGGCGCCAUGGAUGAAUGCGCGGACGAGCAGGGCCGACAGCAGCGCUGCAUGCCGGAGUUCGUGAACGCGGCCUUCAACGUGACGGUGGAGGCCACCAACACCUGCGGCUCCCCGCCGGAGGAGUACUGCGUCCAGACCGGCGCCACCGGGGUCACCAAGUCCUGCCACAUCUGCGACGCGCGGGACCCCCGGAACCACCACAACGCCGCGUACCUGACCGACUACAACAACCAGCAGGACGCCACCUGGUGGCAGAGCCAGACCAUGCUGGCGGGGAUCCAGUACCCCAACUCCAUCAACCUCACCCUACACCUCGGUAAGGCCUUCGACAUCACCUACGUUCGGCUGAAGUUCCAUACCAGCCGUCCGGAGAGCUUCGCCAUCUACAAGCGGAGCAGAGAGGGCGGCCCCUGGGUGCCGUACCAGUACUACAGCGGCUCCUGCGAGAAGACUUACAGGAAGCCGAGCCACGGCUUCAUCCAGACCGGCGGCGACGAGCAGGAGGCGCUCUGCACCGAUGACUUCAGCGACAUCUCGCCGCUCACCGGAGGAAACGUGGCCUUUUCCACGCUGGAGGGCCGACCGAGCGCCUACAACUUCGACAACAGCCCAGUCCUCCAGGACUGGGUGACGGCCACAGACAUCAGAGUGACCCUGAACAGGCUCAACACGUUCGGAGACGAAGUUUUCAACGAUCCCAAGGUCCUCAAGUCCUACUACUACGCCAUCUCUGACUUCGCCGUGGGAGGAAGGUGUAAGUGUAACGGCCACGCCAGCGAGUGUGUGAAGGACAGCGGGGGCCGGCUGGUCUGCGACUGCAAACACAACACGGAGGGCGUCGACUGCAGCGUGUGCAAAGCUUUCUUCAACGACCGGCCGUGGAUGAGGGCGACGGCCGACAGCGCCAACGAGUGUCUGUCCUGCGACUGUAACAGGAAGAGCUCAGACUGUUACUUCGACGCCGAGCUGUACCGGGCCACGGGUCACGGAGGUCACUGCAGGAACUGCGCCGACAACACCGACGGGCCCAACUGUGAGCGUUGCCUCGACAACUACCACAGAGACCAGAGCGGCAACCGCUGCCUGCCCUGCAACUGCAACUCCAUCGGUUCUGAGUCUCCUCAGUGCAACAACAGAGGCGUAUGCGCCUGCAAACCCGGAGUAACCGGGGAGAAGUGCGACCGCUGCCAGCCGGGGUUCCACAGCCUGACCGAGGCCGGCUGCAGGCCUUGCAGCUGCUCGCCGUCAGGCAGCACCCAGGAGUGUGACGUCAACACGGGUCAGUGCCGCUGUAAAGACAACGUGGAGGGCUUCAGCUGCGACAGAUGUAAACCAGGUUACUUCAACUUGGACCCCAACAACCCUCAGGGCUGCACGGCCUGUUUCUGCUUCCAGCACUCGUCUGUGUGCGACAGCGCCGAAGGCUACAGCGUCCACACCAUCAGCUCCACCUUCGACAGAGGUACAGAGGAGUGGAGCGGCCAGACGCGGGACGGAUCCACCGUCUCUGUCCAGUGGUCUCCCGCCGGACAGGAAGUGUCCUUGGUGUCUGAAGACUACCAGCCCCUGUACCUGGUGGCCCCAGAGAAGUUCCUGAGGAAUCAGAUGCUGAGUUAUGGACAAAACCUGAGCAUGACGUUCCGAGUGGAGCGGCGGGACGCCCGGCUGUCGGCCGAGGAUCUGAUCCUGGAGGGGGCCGGCAUGAGGCUGGCCGUGCCGCUCAUCGCCCAGGGCAACGCCUACCCCAACGAGAACAUGCAGACCUUUGUGUUCAGGCUCCAUGAGCAGCCAGGUUACCCCUGGAGACCUGCCAUCAGUGACUCCGACUUCCAGAAACUUCUCCACAACCUGACGGCCAUCAAGAUCCGGGGCACCUACAGCGAGCGCAGUGCUGGUUACCUGGACAACGUCUCCCUGGUGACGGCGAGGAGGGGCUCAGGUGUGCCGGCCCGCUGGGUGGAGCGGUGCUCCUGUCCGCCGGGUUACCAGGGUCAGCACUGUGAGCAGUGCACCCUGGGAUACCGCCGGGCCCAGCGGGAGCUCGGACCCUUCAGCUCCUGUGAAGUCUGCAACUGCCAUGGACACAGCGACGCCUGCCACCCUGAUACUGGAGCCUGUGACUGUCAGGACAACACUGCCGGGUUGAGCUGCGAGCGCUGCAAGGACGGGUUUUAUGGCGACGCCACUCAGGGCGCAGCGGGCGACUGCCGGCCGUGUCCCUGCCCCGGCGGAGCCACCUGCGCCGUCGUCCCCAAAACCAGAGAAGUGGUUUGCACCAACUGUCCUGCUGGAACCACAGGUAAGCGCUGUGAGCUCUGCGACGACGGGUUCUUUGGGGACCCUCUGGGUCAGAACGGGCCGGCCCGACCCUGCCGCUCCUGCCAGUGCAGCAAUAACAUCGACCCCAACGCCGUCGGCAACUGCAACCGCGAGACAGGAGAAUGCCUCAAGUGCAUCUACAACACCGACGGCUUCUUCUGCGACCGCUGCAAGGCGGGCUUCUUCGGAGACCCGCACGCCUCCAACCCUGCUGAGAAGUGUGCAGCCUGCUCCUGUUCUCCGCUGGGCACAGUGGAUCAGCAGACCAGCUGCUCUCCGGUCACCGGUCAGUGUCAGUGUCUCCCUAACGUGGAUGAACGCGACUGCAGCGCCUGCCAGUUGGGAUUCUUCAACCUGCAGAGCGGCAGUGGCUGCGAGGAGUGUAACUGCAACCCAAUCGGCUCCACCAGUGGUGACUGUGACAUCGACUCAGGACAAUGCGAGUGCCAACCCGGCGUCGCCGGCCAGCACUGUGACCGCUGUGAGGUCAACUUUUUCGGCUUCAGCUCCUCUGGAUGCAAACCGUGUGACUGUGACCAUGAAGGCUCUCUGUCAGGUCAGUGUAAGGAAGACGGCCGGUGCGAGUGUCGGCCCGGUUUCGUUGGAGCUCGAUGCGAUAUGUGUGAGGAGAAUUAUUUCUACAACCGGUCAGUGCCAGGCUGCCAGCAGUGUCCGUCCUGCUACGGUCUGGUCCGAGACAAGGUGAACCAGCAGAGACAGAAGCUCCAAGAACUCCAGACGCUGAUAGAUAAUCUGGGCUCCGGCCAGGAUACGGUCAGUGAUAAGGCCUUUGAGGACAGAUUGAAGGAGGCAGAAAAGGUCAUCAUGGAGCUGCUGGCAGAGGCUCAGAAUAGCAAAGACGCAGACCGAGGUCUGCUGGACCGUCUGAACUCCCUGAACGCCACCCUGACCACCCAGUGGAACCGACUGCAGAGCAUCCGCAACACGGUGGACGGCACCAGCGCUCAGGCUGACCGCGCGCGUGACAGAGUCCGAGACGCCGAGAGCCUGAUAGACCGAGCUCGGCAGGAACUGGCCAAGGCCAAGGAUGCCGUCAGCAAAGUGGACAUCAAACCUACCGAUGGCACUGGAGAGCCCAACAACAUGACGCUGCUGGCUGAGGAGGCUCGACGCCUCGCCGACAAGCACAAGUUGGAUGCUGAUCAGAUCGAAAAGAUCGCUAAAGAUGCCAACGACACGUCAACCAAAGCAUAUAACCUGCUGCUGAAGACCAUCGACGGCGAGAGCAAGAUGGCUGACGACAUUGACAAGCUCAACAAGAUCUACAACGAGGCGAAGGACCGGGCCAAGGAUCUGGAGAAACAGGCCCACAAGGUGCAGGCGGAGGCAGAGGACGCCGGGAACAAAGCUCUGAAGCUGUUCGCCAACCUGACCAGCCUCCCGCCGUUUGACACCAAGACAUUGGAGGAUGAUGCCAAAAAAAUUAAGAAGGAGGCGUCCGAUCUGGACAACCUGAUUGACAAGACAGAACGGGAGUACAACGAGCUGCGAGACGACCUGAAGCCCAAAGAGCUGGAGGUCCGGAAGCUGCUGGAGAAAGGGAAGAGUGAGCAGCAGACUGCAGACCAGCUGUUGGCCAGAGCCGAUGCCGCUAAAGCUCUAGCCGAGGAGGCGGCGAAGAAAGGCCAGUCAACUUUCAAAGAAGCAGAGAACAUCCUGGAGGACCUGCGAGACUUUGACAGGAGGGUCAACGACAACAAGACAGCAGCAGAGGAAGCCAUGAAGAAGAUCCCCGUCAUCAAUGCCACCAUCAUGGCCGCCAACGAGAAGACCCGGCAGGCGAAGGAGGCGCUUGGUAAUGCUGCUAGUGACGCUGGGGAAGCCAAGAGGAAGGCUGAAGAGGCUGAGAAGAUCGCAGGCAACAUCCAGAAGGGCUCGGCUAAGACUAAAGAGGAAGCAGAGAAGGCGUUGCAGGACACAAACAAGCUGGACAAAGAUGUUGAUGACAUGAUGGAUCAGCUGAGCGCCGCAGAGGAGGAGCUGAAGAAGAAGAAGGCUGAGGCCGACAGCGACAUGAUGAUGGCCUCCAUGGCGUCGGAUACUGCCAAGCAGGCCGAGGACAACGCUCGCAAGGCCAAGAGUACGGUGAAGACGGUCCUGAAGAUCAUCACAGAUCUAAUGGAUCAGCUGGGAAACAUUGAUAAAGUGGAUCUUAGCAAACUGAACCAGAUUGAUGAGUCUCUGAAGCGAGCCAAGGACAAGAUGGCCGGCAGCGAGCUGGACAAGAAGCUGAGGGAGCUGAAUGAUGUGGCGAGCACACAGAAGCAGAUGAUCGACGACUAUGACCGGCAGAUCCGAGAGAUCCGCAGCGACAUCAACAACCUGAACGACAUCAAGGCAACGUUACCCGAAGGCUGCUUCAACACGCCGUCGCUGGAGCAGCCUUAGCCCCGCCCACAUCGUCCAGCCGCCCCGUUUCCUCCACGCUCACAUCUAACACUCCGGGAAGCGUGCCGACUUUUACCAAAACAGUUCUUUCUUUGCCAACAUUUCAGCCACGCCCAGUAGAGAGGCAGCUGCUGGUGACGGCGGCGUCGUUACAGUGAACUGUGCGGUGCAGAGACGCUGGGCAGCGAGGCAGACGAACCUCGGAGAGACAACCAGAACCAUAAACCCAACGUGACUGCAGCCCUCUGGCGCCUCGCCAUAUUUUUGUCUCCAACAUUCAACACGUGAAGGAAUUCUCAGAUCCUCUUCCUGAAGCUACGCUCUCGAUACGGACAGCAGGGAAAAUAGUUCAAGUCCUCUUUUCUGCAGUAUUCACACCUCCAGCAGGUGGCAGUGUUUUGUAAAGUCACAUAAACUGCUGCAGGGAAGCUGCCAAAGUCCAGACAGAUACAACCAGACCCAAACUCUUUCUCAUUUACAAUUUUCCACAUUUCAGUCUUGAUAGAAGUUGGGAAUUCUUUGGGAAGCAGAAGUUUUCCGUCACAGACAGAAACAAAAUGUCCCACAUAAUUAAGAGCUUACCAGCAGCUUCAAUGGUUCAGCAACCAAAUCUGUUUAUUGACCACAAUAAAUGAAAGUUAAUGUUUGUUUUCAUAGAGAAACAUUUUAAAGGUUGGCUCCAGAUGAACAGCAAUACCUGAACUUAACGCUCUGGUCUGAUUUGCAGCGUUUGGAUUCAUUUUAUCCUGCCAGACCUUUUAAUCAAGGUCACCUUCAGCAGCAGGUCUCCAGGUUUUCUGAAGGUCUUACAGAGUUUCUCGUUAGACUUCUGCACAUUUUUUAAGUGUAGUAACAUUUUACUGAGUCCAACUGCUGAUUUUCUCCUGGAAAUAGAUUAAUAUUUAAAUAUGACUUUUAUUUGUCACAAUAAUUAGCAACGGAACAUUUGCAUUAGCUUGGAGAGGUUAAUGUUGGUAAGCUAGUUUUCCAUGUUACAAACAAUUUAUCUUCAGUGCUAUUGAAGGAGGAGGCGAUUAGGUUCACUGAGCAGCAUCGUUUUUUCACAAUAAAUCCAAAUUAACAUGCUAACCUCCUAUCUAUAGCAAAGAGACUAACUAGUGAGCUCACUAGUUAGCUCACUAACUAGCUCACUAGUUAGCUUGUUAGCCUUAGCAUGCUAGCUUAGCAAACUUUUGUUGUCUCAGGUUGAACAGCGUAACUUCGGACUCUCAAAGCCGGUUUGGUUCUGUGUAUUCAUUAGCAUGAUGGAAGCAGCCCGGGUUGGACAGGCGGCUUCCAGCUAGCUGCUAGCAUGUUCCAGGACAAAGUCUGAAGAAGAUCCUGGACGACUGUUCCUCAGUGGGAGGACGAUCAGAACCUGAGGGGUGAACCAGGAGUUCUGUCUGUGGCAGAAACUUCUGAAAGAGAUGAUUUGUUCCCAACGAUCUGAAGCUUCCUGGUUUCACCGGCUAAAAUGCUGUUCUAAUGUUGGAACGUGACGGAUCCCCUGUUGGAUUGUUUUGUGUGUAAAAUCCCGUUCCGACCCCUGAAUGACCCCUGAAUGACCCCUUCUGGACUUUGGCAGCUUCGGCUCACGGUGCGUUCCCACGCUGCAACGCCUCGCCUCGGUCUCCACAUCCAAACACUAUGCAACUUUGUACAUUCUGCGUAGCGAGAGUUUUAUCUGAUACACUGGUGCUAAUAAUUAUUACAAAUGUUUUAUUUUUGAGUGAAUGUUUUUUAUUAUGAGUUAGAGCGAGGAGUUUAUUAUUAUGCGUGUAAAUAAGUGAUUGGCUGAUUUUAUCCUGAGCAGCCCCAUUAUGUCUGAUCACAAUCAAUCAACUGAAACCUCCAGGUGAAAAUAUAUCCCCUAUCAUAACGUCUGUGGUAUGUUAUUAUUCUAAUUGUUAUAAUUAUUAUUAUCUCUGCUUGCUUGUAUACAGGGCUGAGAGCUGUUGCCUUCCACCUUUACUGUUUGUGUUGAUUCUUUGUGGGUUUUCAGGAGGUUUUGAGCCCAUCAUCAGGCAGGCGAGUCGGUUCGCGCCUUAAAGGACAGCUGUUGGUACGUCAGCAAAGGUUUUAAAUUCUCGCAGACCGAUCCUGGACCACCAGACCCCAGAAUGUCUUCCUGCCGUCUGUUUCAGCGACUCGCCUGUGGUGCCUGCAGCCUGCGCAGCUCCAGCUCUGUGAUCAGUAUUUUAAGUUAUAUGGGCCGUUUGAUCUGCUGUCGUUCUUCAUGUUGGUGGCCAUGUUGCAGCUGCUCAGCCUGCAGGAUUUCUCUUUCCAUCUCUGUUCACACCUGCCUGUAAACCCAAACCUAACAUUUCAAUAAUAAAAACCAACUACUACAGGA